AUGGCUUCGGCGCUCCCGAAGCUGCUCACUAGAUCUUCGGUCACCAGAAUCGUCUCUGCAUUUCAGCUUCACAAUUCGUAUGCACCAACUUUCUUGGAGCCCCUUGCUUCUCGUCCUUCCCCAUUGGUUGGGAUCAAUCCAGAAUUUCACCAACCCGCCACUCUAAAUCCAGGAAAAGAGCACCCCGCCUUGUCCACUGUUAUUUUUCCAAGCUUCCCAUUUGGGUUUCCUGUAAAUCCCGUUUCUUCAACUGGGUGUUGUUCGACUGAGAGCGUGGAUGCGGAGAUGGAUGAUUCACGGACAAUGUGGGCAGACAGUGUGAAGAAGAAGAGGAAAAAGAAGAUGAACAAGCACAAAUACCAGAAACUAAGAAAGCGGAUGCGCCGACAACAUUAG